GCCCGCUAUUGAGACAGGUCACACAUCUCUAAUCUAGAUGUGGUUCUGGUGUCUGCAAGGUAUAUGCCCAAGCAGCUUCGCCAACCAAACGACCGUGACUAGAGAAUCGGCACUGACUUCGUUGCAAAACGCGACCAUCUCAGUUGCGGCGAGAGGUGGUGAAAACUGUGCACACUGUAGAAUUCUGUAGUCCUUACUAUAGUUGCACCACAAGAUCGUCGCCACAGCAUGCCAAGCAAAUCUCGUGAGGUAUUCUGCCUUAUCGUUAUGCAAAGAUGCAACCUGUCCAUGGUACAAUUCCCUAUAGACAAAGCCCAUUCCAAUUGCACAGAAAAUCAUUGAGACCGGAAGACUCACUGGGUCCGACUUCGCCCUCAGGGUCUCCCAAAAUGCUUAACGGUUCGACCGGCCGCAGUCCGCGAGGGCGUCGCAGUAUUGUGGGUAGGACCUUGUUCGGCAAAGACUCGGCCUCGAGACACAGUAGUGAAGACCUGUACCAGAGGGUCGCCGGCGAUAAUACCAGCACCACUGGGAGCAGCCACCAUGACGUCCAGUACAUCAAGUCCGGGGGCAAGCAGAUCUUGUCCUUCCUGAAAGACAUCGGCCAGUCGGCAUCGGCCACCAUCGCGCGCGUGCCCAAACGGGACGGCUCCGCAGGCCACUCAGAAACCGCCUCGCAAGACGGAGUACACAGCCAGUCCGAACACACGGUCAGAAACCCCCGGUUCACCCUACGGAAACGUAGCCAAGACCCGCAAGCGUACCUGGAGAAGGGUUCCGUGGCGUCGGAGGGCCUAAGUACGGGGAAUGGGGCAACGGGUGUAAAGCCUUCGCACAGUAAGAAGAUCGGGCCACGGCCACUGCAGAAUGCGGGGAGUGAGAGUGAGUUGUGCUCGCUGUUGGAGCAGGAGGUGAACACUGACUUCACGCCUCAGGAUCUGGAUGCGAAGUACCGCGACAGAGCCAAUGCGGCUAACGUCCCAGCCGUGUCGCCGGUGUUGGAGAAGCCGAUCAAGGACGGCAAGGAGAAGGACAACAGGGUGGGCGAGAGGGGGAAGAACGCUAUCACGGGGGAGAAGAGCAAGCACGUGCUGGAAAACAUACGCUUGGAUGCAAUGACGAGGCGGAAUAAAGAUAAACAUCGGGGCAAGACACAGAACACGGAAUCGCCGUUCAACAGUCUGGGCCAUUCCUUAGACCCCGAGGGACGGGCGAUCACUUUCACCAAGUUUAAGGAAGACAACAACUUUGAGUUGUCGAAGUUCAAAAGUUGGCUUGAGCACGAGUAUAGCAUCGAGUAUUACUUAGCGUGGAAGGAGAUUGGUGAUCUCAUCAAACCAGGACAAGCUAUAGAGGAAGAGAAAGGUAUAUCAAUCGUCAGAAAAUGUUCCACGUAUAAGUCGUUGAUCGAUGAGAGAUGUACCGUUCGCAGCGUGUCAUCGUAA